AUGUUCUCCCGCACCGUCCGCCCGGCCGUUCGGGCUGGCAGCGCUGCUGUCGCUCGCACUGCCCCGACCAAUGCCGCCAACUUCGCGACUCUGCGUGAGAUUGAGGGCCGCCUCAAGUCCAUCCGUAACAUCGAGAAGAUCACCAACACCAUGAAGAUCGUUGCCUCGACCCGUCUCACUCGCGCUCAGAAGGCUAUGGAUGAGUCCCGCAACUACGGUCAGACUUCCAACACCGUCUUCGAGCAGGCCGAGACCAAGCCUCUGGAGGACAAGAAGACUCUGUAUGUCGUGGCUAGCUCCGACAAGGGUCUUUGCGGUGGUAUUCACUCCGGUCUCUCCAAGGCCACUCGCCGCCUGCUGGCUCAGAACCCCGAGGCCGACAUUGUCAUCCUCGGCGAGAAGGCCAAGGCUCAGCUCUCCCGUGUCGUUCCCGAGAAGAUCCUCCUGAGCUUCGCCAACGUCUGCAAGGAUAUCCCCACCUUCGCCGACGCCCAGGCCAUUGCCGACCAGAUCUCUCUGCUGCCCACCGACUAUGCUAGCGUCAAGAUCGUCUACAACAAGUUCAUCAACGCUCAGAGCUACGAGGCUACCACCAUUGAGGCUUUCUCUGAGGAGGCUAUCACCCAGUCCGCCAACAUCUCCGCCUACGAGAUUGAUGACGAGGCUCUUGCUGGUCUCCGCGAGUACGCUCUCGCCAACAACCUCUUCUGGGCCAUGGCUGAGGGCCACGCCUGCGAAAUCUCGGCUCGUCGCAACGCCAUGGAGAACGCCUCCAAGAACGCUGGUGAGAUGAUCAACAAGUUCCAGAUUCUGUACAACCGUCAGCGUCAAGCCGCCAUUACCGGUGAGCUGGUUGAGAUUAUCACCGGUGCCACCGCCUCUGCCGACAUGUAGAAGCCUUGAUCUGCUUCUAUGGGACGAAGUCACCUUU